AUGUCCGUUCUUGACGCCCUCAAGGGUGUCCUGAAGCUCGCCCUCAUGCACGACGGUCUCGCCCGCGGUCUCCGCGAAGCCUCCAAGGCUCUCGACCGCCGCCAGGCCCACAUGUGCGUCCUCAACGAGGCUUGCGAGGAGGAGGCCUACAAGAAGCUCGUCAUCGCUCUCUGCUCCGAGCACAAGAUCCCCCUGAUCAAGGUGCCCGACGGCAAGCAGCUCGGCGAGUGGGCCGGUCUCUGCGUUCUUGACCGUGAGGGUAACGCCCGCAAGGUUGUCAACUGCUCUUGCGUCGUCGUCAAGGACUGGGGUGAAGAGUCCCAGGAGCGCUCCAUCCUUCUCAACUACUUCCAGACCGAGCAGUAA